AGGAAGAAAGGAGGAUGAGGAAGUGGCUGGAGCGAGAGGAGUACGUUUGGAGAUGUAGCUGCCAACGCUAAUGCUCCAGCAGCUGUCAGGCGAUAGGCAGCCGGAUCAUAGGAACAUUUGACAAUGCGAUGGGUAACUGCUGGGCAUACUGUGUGGGGCUCUUCAGAAGAGAAACCAACAGGAUCCAGCGAGGAGGCGGGUCAAAAUACUUCCGCAGCAGCACCACAGGGGAGCACUACACAAUCGAGUUUGAGAAUCUGGUAGAAAGUGAUGAGGCUGAGAGCCCCCAGCCCUGCCCGAGGCCCAUCAGUGAUGAUGAGAUCAAGAACCUCAAAGAGCACCGCUACGCUGCCAUCUCAGACAAACAGAUCCUCAUAGACCAAAAGCUGCGAGCCGAGUUAGAGGCACAAGAGGAGAAGUUGAGGCUAGAAGAGGAGGCUAGAAAUGCCGCCCAGCGUGAGGCCGCCAGGCUGGCACGUGAACGAAAAUUGAAGGAGCAGCUGUCUGCCCAGAGGACACGGGGGAAAGCAGAUGGCUCCGGGGGUGAAACCCAGCAAAGAAAACAAACCUCUGGGGAAGAUUUUGAUGCCUACCUCCAAAAUGUUAAAGCCCAGUCUGAAGCUUUCAGGAGCAACAGACUCCCGUCUGACACAAACGUGGUGACUCCAAACACGGAGUGCAGCUGGGAUUUCACCACCAAGACCCGCUCCACCAACGAUGAUGGUACCUCACUAGAUCUGGAGUGGGAGGAUGAGGAAGGAAUCAAUCGCGCGCUUCCAGUGUGGGAGAGGUCUCGAACAGAGGAGGACAUCUUGCGCGCAGCCCUGAGGCCAGGCGGCAAACAAAUCAACAGCGGGCCGACCUCAGCCUCCGAGGACUCCACCGCACUGGAGUGGGAGAAUGAUUUUGUGAGCACCCACCCAGAGGACACUGCAGAAUUCGAAGGGUUUGUCAAUCCUGUCCUAGACACUCCCUCUGAGGACUCCUCGGACUGCGGCCUCAGGUCAGACAACCAAGACAGAUAGUGUCCAGCACCAAAGGAGACAUUGGCGGCCCGCCUCCUCACGUCAAGGCUCACCAGCUUUUUUGCCUCAUGAAGUGGAAAUGUCGUUCCUUACAUGCUCUUCAUACUGUCAUGAAACUGUGAUGCUGCAGGAACAUGUAUGUACCUCUGCAGUACAGAACAGUGUGGUGACGUUUAUCAGACUCAUUUUUUCAGUGCCUUCAUUUGCUAAACUAGACGACCAUUUAAUGAAUUGUAACUGAUCAGUUGUAUCCACGACCGUCUUACACAUUGUUCAACAAGUGCUUUUUAUCUAACGCACCCAGGUGAUCGUAUACAAACCAAUUUAUCACCAACCAACCGGGCGUGAAAUGUUAUUAUAUUAGCAGAUUGACCCUCCAGUAUACUGACUGGUGUAACUGGACACAUUUCAGUGCUUGUGAGUGAAGUAAUUGUGCAGGAAAAUCUA